ACUCCAACUCGUUCUCACCCCCCCCUUCUCCUCUGUGCAGGGAAUGUUGAUCAGAAUCUGCUUUAUUAUUAUGCAGUCUUCUUUCCUAGUCUUAUUCCAGUCUCUCUAUUGCUCGGUAAAAUCGGUCUGCUCUACCCCUUGUUCACCUAUUUCACUCAACUCGUCACCACAUCUGUCCUACUCGAGGCGUUAUUCUCUCUCACCUGCGUCCGGGUGACUAAUUUGAGGCGCAAGCCUCUGAGUGUCAUGGUCACCCCUUUGCUGCAUGUACCACGCCUCUGGUACAACAGAUCUACCGUCAGCCAACUAGCUCCGAUCCCCGCCGUCUUUAUCCUGUUUCAAUCCCUAAUACCAAGUCUAUGA